AUGGGAGGCUUUGAGGGUCAUCUGUACCCGGGGCUGUCUCUCUUCUUCUACGGACUUUACCACGCACGACUUGUUUUCAGGGCCUUGAUAUGCAGCUGCACCGUCCAGCACCUGCCACGCCAUCGCCAGAGCCAAGGAAAAUGGGCCAGGCUGCGGCAAAUCCACUAUGUUGGGUUGAUGAAAAUACUGAGCGCCUGCAUUUUAGUAGCCCAAGAGCUCUAUGCCAUUCAUGGACAGUUCGUGCUUAUCAGCAAGCUAUAUCAUCAGAGAAGCUUCUUGUACCGCAAACAGUGGCAGCAUCUCACUCUUUAUAUGACCUUCUUCCUGAGUGGGUGCAUAGAUGUGGUGAGUCAGAACCUGCUGCCCCAGAGGUGUGCUGCCCUGGAGCGAGGGGCCCAAGCCCUGGGCCUGUUUCUGCUUCUUCCCCUGAUGGUGUCUCACGUGCAGGACUCGGAAGGCGUGGAACUGCAGUCUCACCUCCUGCUCACCCAGGCCAUCUUCCUGCUGACACUGGUGGUCACUGCAGAGCUGUGGGCUCCCGACGUGCCACAGCUCGGCGUCAUGAAGGCCUUUUUUUAUAUGCUCAUAGGCUCCUGGCUUAUUCAGAUAGGCUUUAUGCUGUACAAACCAAUCUCGGGCCAUCAAUGGAUGGACGAUGACAAAAAUGACAUGAUAUUUGUCACCACCUUCUUCUGCUGGCAUGUGGCUUUCAUUGCCAUUUUGAUGAUAUGGAUUUAUGGCGUCUCCUUUCUGUGGUAUUGUUACAUUUGUUGA